UUAUGGUGUUACAAAUUAUGCUUGCAAAAAACAUUUAUUUUUACACAGAAAUAUAAGGAUACUUAAUUCUCGAUUUGAUUUUUAAUAAUCGACUCAAUCAUCGUAAUAAUAAAUAUAAUUAAUUAAAAGAACAAUUGUGAAGAAUUACUUGUAUGUGAAUUUCAAAGUUGAAUUAUUUUUUGAGGUUAACUCGAUAUAUGUGACUGAAAAAAAAAAAUUACAUUUUUAAUAUAGUUUGUAAAAGAUUUUAAGAAUAAAUUAUAAUGGCAACACUUAUAAAAAUAUUCAAUAAUAAUUUAGUUUCACGUACACUUUUAAAACACAAUUUGGAUAUUGUAAAAGUACCAGUACGGGAUAAAAAAAUUCAAAUACCUAAGAAACGUCAUCCAAGCUGGCUCCCGAAACAAAACCGUGUUAUGCAUAAUGAACAUAUUAUUAAAGAAAAUAAAGAAUUUAUUAAAGAAGUUAUAGAAUCCAAAUAUGAUUCUCCGCUUAAUAUAAAACCAAUUGAACCAAUUACCCGAUGGAAGAAAGGACUUAAGAGAACAGGUUUAAUAGCCAAAAAAAUAGGUAUAUAUCCAUUAUGGUUACAAAAUGGAAAGAGAGUUAGUUCUACGUUAUUACAGAUCAUUGAUAAUCAAGUAAUAAAGUAUGUAGAACCAGAAAAUUUUUUUCCAAUGAAAUCUAAACAUUCUAUAAUCAAAAAAAAACUUGGAGCUCUUGUGGUAGGAGCAGAAAGUUCGGACCCACAAUUGUUUAGAAAAGAAUAUUGCAGCUUAUUCGAAGAUUCUGGAGUCAUGCCGAAACGUAUAUUAAUGAGAUUUAUGAUAUCGCCAGAAGCUGCUCUACAACCCGGUACACCUUUAUAUGCGGCUCAUUUUAAGCCAGGCGAUGUUAUUGAUAUACGUGCAAAAACGAUAGACCGCGGUUUUCAAGGAGUCAUGAAAAGAUGGGGUUUCAAAGGAAUGCCUGCUUCUCAUGGUGUAACUAAAACUCAUAGAAGGCCAGGGAAUAUUGGUAGUGGUGGAAAAAUGAAGCGAGUAAUGCCAGGUACUAAACUACCUGGUCAUAUGGGUAAUCGGUGGCGCACAAUUAAAGGCUAUAGGGUAAGAUUAAACAAAAACAUAUACAACUAUAUGUAUAUACAUUAUUCAUUACUUUUUGUGAUAUUUCUGAAGGAAACAAUAUUAAUGUCAUAUAAUGUUGCUUUUCAGAUUUUACGAGUAAAUACAAAAUAUAAUGUAAUUUGGGUAAUGGGUCACAACAUACCUGGAGAAACAAAUACUUUUUGUUAUUUAUAUGACACGAUUCUACCCAUUAGAAAGUUCAAAAACCCGCCAUAUUUCCCAACUUAUUUACCCAAUUUAAAAAAAAAUCCAGAACCGGAGGAUUUAUAUGCAGAUGAUGUACAUCCGUUCAAAGCACCCACAAUUCAAUUUAGCGAAGAAUCAUAAUUGUAUUAUUAUAAAGUAAAGUAUCGAAUAAAGAUAUAUAUAAUGUCAAUAUAAA